UCUCAGCAAUAUUUUGAAAUUAAAUUUUCAAGAAUAUUUAAUUAAGUCUCAUUCAUUGGCCACGAUUUGUGUAUGUGAAUGACCUAUAAACGUGCCAUCGUCAACAACAAACAAAAUACAACAAACAACAAUAAAUAACAGCAACAACGAAAAUAUAUAUAUAAACUUUUGAUCAUGAAUGACCGUGAAAUGAGCUGCAAUACGGGCGGCCAAUUUAUGGAUCGCGGACGCAUGAACCAGAAUGGAGUUGUCCAGCCCCUACUAACUGAUUUAUACCAAAUAACAAUGGCCUAUGCCUACUGGAAAUCGGACAAAACGGAUGAUCAGGCCGUGUUUGAUCUAUUCUUUCGCAAUAAUCCAUUCCACGGAGAGUUUACCAUAUUCGCGGGGCUGGAGGAGUGUCUCAAGUUUCUGGAUAGCUUUCACUAUUCGCAGAGCGAUAUUGAAUACCUGCGUCAAACCUUGCCCGAGGGCAUUGAGAACGAAUUCUUCGAGUACUUGGGCAAUCUGACAGCUCAUGAUGUUACGCUCUAUGCUAUAGAUGAGGGCACGGUGGCCUUUCCUCGCGUGCCGAUCAUAAAGCUAGAAGGACCCUUGAUAAUCGUGCAACUGCUGGAGACAACGCUGCUCACGCUCGUCAACUAUGCCAGCUUAAUGGCGACAAAUGCAGCGCGUUAUCGCAUGGUGGCUGGCAAACACGUUAAGCUGCUGGAGUUUGGACUGCGCCGUGCGCAGGGACCGGACGGCGGAUUGUCCGCAUCCAAGUAUUCCUAUACAGGUGGCUUUGAUGGCACCUCCAAUGUGCUGGCUGGCAAACUGUUUAACAUACCAGUGAAGGGCACGCAUGCGCAUGCCUACAUCACAAGCUUCAGCAGUGUGGGUGAGCUGAAGACGCGCUUGCUGAAGCACAAGCAAACGGGCAUUAUGGAGGACCUGCUGGAGCAUGCUAUCAGGCAUCGUCAAAUGCUUUCGCAUGUGCUGGAUGUUUCGACGGAGGAGUCGAGUGAGGGUGAACUAGCUGCUAUGGUCUCGUAUGCCAUUGCCUUUCCGGAUGGCUUUAUGGCGCUUGUCGACACGUACGAUGUUAAGAGCCGAGUUACAGAACAAGUCACACAAGUCUCAUAUGUACAAACUGAUAACAAAUCAAGAACAACAACAACAGCAGCAGCAACAACAACAACAACAACAGUAACGAAUGGCUUACCGCCAACGCCGCCAGCGACGCCGCAAAAUGGUCAGCUCAAUGGACGUAAGAACAGUCUGAGCCAAACUGAGCUAACAAAUGGUCAAUCAAAUAGUCCAGAGUCAGCUCAAACAGAUAUAGCAAAUGCAACAACAACAACAACAACUUCAACAACUCCAACAAUCAACACUUCAACGUCCAAUGGGACGGCGUACCUACCAAAAUAUGUCGAGAAGUCAUUCAGAAGUGGCCUCUUAAACUUUAGCGCUGUGGCCCUGGCACUCAAUGAUUUGGGCUAUCAUGCCCUGGGCAUACGCAUCGACUCUGGCGACUUGGCCUAUUUGUCCUGCCUGGCGCGCGAGGCCUUCGAGAAGGUGGCGGAUCGCUUUAAGGUGCCCUGGUUCAACAAGCUAACCAUCGUCGCCUCCAAUGACAUCAACGAGGAUACCAUAUUGAGCCUGAAUGAGCAGGGGCACAAGAUCGAUUGCUUUGGCAUUGGCACGCACUUGGUCACCUGUCAGCGGCAGCCAGCGCUUGGCUGCGUUUACAAGCUGGUGGAGAUCAAUGGGCAGGCGCGCAUCAAGCUAAGCCAGGAUGUGGAAAAGGUGACCAUGCCGGGCAAUAAGAAUGCCUAUCGUCUCUAUAGCGCCGAUGGCCAUGCUCUGAUUGAUCUGCUGCAAAAGGACUCGGAGCAUCCGCCGGCUGUGGGCCAGAAGGUGUUGUGUCGCCAUCCGUUCCAGGAAUCGAAGCGCGCCUAUGUCAUACCCUCGCACGUUGAGUCCCUCUACAAGGUGUACUGGAAGGCGGGCAAGAUAUGCCAACAGCUGCCGACGCUGGAGCAGGUGCGCGAGAAGGUGCAAAUAUCGCUAAAGACCUUGCGCAACGAUCACAAACGCACGCUCAAUCCAACGCCCUAUAAGGUCGCCGUCAGCGAUAAUUUGUAUAACUUCAUACACGAUCUGUGGCUGCAGAAUGCGCCCAUUGGCGAGCUCUCAUGAUCUAUAUAAAGAGCCUAGCUUGGCCGCCCUACGAAGCAACAAACAAACCAUAAUUGAAUACAACAAUUCCGCAAUAAAUCUAUAAUUUUUUUUAGUCAUUUGCUGGUCAUAUGCAUUAACAGGAAAACAGGAAAACUUCAAUGUGCAAAAAUGUGUUUUUGUUAGCACAAACUAUAUAUAUAUAUAAACAAAUAGAGCUGCUCAUCAUUAGAACGAAUCUUAACAAUAUAUAUACGUUUAUAUAUAUAUAUACUAUAUUCUAUAUAUCUUCUAUAUACACGCACAUAUUAAUCAGGAAUGUGUCAUGUGCCUUACACCACAACUACAAAGAGGAGAAAAUAUCUUAAACUGUAACCAAAUACUUAAGAGGACAGAAACGACGACGACGACGAAGAUGAAGACGAAGAGAACAAGAAAAUCUGGAUGUAUUUAAUAUUUUUUAGUCAUUAAGUGUUGUAUGUUGCUAACACAAAAGAAAAACAAAAACAAAAUGAAAAACUAGAAUCAGUUGAAAGUACAAAUGUUUUGCUAAUUAGUUUGCAUGUUUAGGCGGACACAAGAAAUGCACACACACACAUGGAACACACUUAAAAAAUACUUAAAUAAUUAACAUAUUAUCUAAAUUCCUAUGUUUAAUUAAUAAUCAAGUGUAAAUAUGUUCAACUUUAUAAAUGUAAGCCAGAAAGCAAUACACAAUAUACACACAAACACA